GUUAUUGUGGUGCUUCGGUGGUAGCUAUACCUUUUCGUAUAAGGACCCGAAGGAAGUGAGUAUGAAGAUAUCUACGGAGAUAAAUAUGUUGUCUGUUUUACAAGCAUUCUCUUCAAACUGAUUAAUAGAUUGCAUUUACCUCAACAUUGCCAAAAACGGUAGUGUGAGGAUUUUAGCCGAUCAAGGACCUCCAGAGUUUCGACGAUUUGCAGGACUUCACUUGAGGACUGACAAUGGAAAGCUCAUCUGUAGGAAAUGCCCUUUACUUUGGACUUCUGGUCCUCCUUUUCCAGUUGAAUGCUGUUAUAAGCACCGACAAACUGUUUGUAGCCGAUGGAGCACUGGGUCAGAUCUUCUUGGCGGAGACUGACGGGGACUCCUUCCUUGCAUCACCGCUUACUCCCCUGAAUCUGACCAUCAACGAAGCACCGAUAGGUCUUGAUUACGACUAUCGCUCCGACAUGAUAUACUGGAGUGACCAAGACACGCACACCAUCCACCGAUCUACUCUCAACGGAUCAUUUCAGGAAGUUAUUGCUAGUGGUACAAUCGUUCCACAUGGUAUCGUGCUAGAUCUGGAGGAAGACAAGGUGUUUUGGUUGUCAGCCGGUUCCGGGAACCUCUACCGGGCCAAUCUUGACGGAUCUAAUCUUGAGAUCCUGAAUCCUGUAUUCAUGGUCCCACGUGGUAUCACAAUCUCCUACAAUAGAAGAAAGCUUUAUAUUACAACGCGUCUGUCUUCACCUGCUAUCAGAAGCGUGAACACUGAUGGGACUAAUGACGUUGUUCUCAUCGACACAGAUAUCGCAUCGCCAAGUGGCAUAGCCUUCAAUUUCCAAGAGCAACGCCUAUACUGGGCAGACGACUCUUUAGACAAAAUAGAGUCUAUGGAUCCCGAUAACAGCACCGAUCGGAUAAUUCUGCUCUCCGUCACAGCAGGUUCAACACUUAAUUUAUUCCCUUUUGGCCUUGCUCUCCAUUAUGAUGACGUCUACUUUAGUGAUAUCAACAGCGGAUUAGUCAUAUUUGUUGAUUCUUCUUCAGGGGAGGUUAAAACGUUGCCCUCUUUAUUCAGUCUGCCGGUUGAAGUUCACAUUUAUAUAGAUGUAUGCGCAAAUAGAUGUCUUAAUAACGGUAGCUGUGUGAGAAGUUUGACAUCUGUAAAAUGUUCUUGCCCUUUUGGAUUCCUUGGGUCAAGAUGUGAAAUUGAUGCAUGUACUAACAGAUGCGUGAACGGAGGGACAUGUGCUCCGUCUGAAAGAGGCUCCAUAUGCAUCUGUCCUGAGGGAUUCAGUGGAUCUAAAUGUAAUUCAGAUCUAACAAUUCAUACCCAGUCUAAAUUCCUGGCGUACAUCGAAUCUCAGACUGGUAUAACAUUAGAGGAAGGCUACAACUCAGCGUUCAUAGGAAGGAGCGGCUUUAGUACCACAGGUCAUCUGACGUCUAUAUGCCUACAUCCGAACACGUAA